AUGCCCUUUUCCCCCCUCUCUCUCUCCCAAUGGGAGGCGCUUAUUAAUAAGACGUUAAAAACCCACCGCGUUACGGGACCAAGUAGUAGCAACGCAAUAGUACGAAACAAAAACUUCAGGACAGGAAGAGGGAGGGAGGGAGAGCGAGCGAGGGAGGCUCCGUCCAUGGCCGCGGCGGCGGAGGAGGCGUCCACGGCGCCAAGGAGCCGCCCGGAGGAGGAGGAGGCGAUGGCGGUGCUGGACUUCGACAUGCUCUGCGCGUCCGUGGCCAUGUCGGCGGAGAGGAGGAAGGGCGCCGGCAUGGAGGCGGUGGCGGCGUGCUCGGGCGGCGCCGAGAGCGCCGGCGGAGGAGGGGUGCAGAGGAUGUGGGAGGGGGACGUCGUGAUUGAUUGCUUGGAGGACCGGCGAAUCGCGCUCGAGGCCGCCUGUUGCCCAUGCUAUAGGUUUGGCAAGAACAUGCGGAGAGCCAAUCUCGGAUCUUGCUUCCUUCAGGCAAUGGCUUACUUCAUUUCAUUAGUUGCUGUUCUGGUCAGCUUAGUUGCCUUUUCCGUAACAAGGCAUCAUGUAUAUCUCUAUAUGGGACUUGGUUCUGUUCUCUUGAUAGCAAUCUACACCGGUUACUUCCGAAGAAGAAUCAGGAAACAGUUCAAUAUCCGGGGGACUGAUGGCAGUCUAGAUGACUGUGUUCUCCAUCUGAUAUGUCCUUGUUGUACCCUGUGCCAGGAGGCGAGAACUUUAGAGAUGAAUAAUGUCCAGUGUGGUGUCUGGCACGGGCGGGGUGAUACCAUUUGUUUAGGGAGCAACGGUGAAGGAAACAAGGCCUUCGCUGCUCUACACAAAUCACCAUUUGUGCUUAUAAAAUCCCCCGAGUUGUGUGGCAUGGACAGAAUAUCAAGUGGUGCUGAUGAACAUCAGCCGCUCGUCCCAUCAGCGCAGCCAGAGCAGGAGUAA